AUGAAGUUUACUUGUUUGAGCAAAGGUGGAGGGUACCAUUUCCCACCUUGUCACAUACUCGAUAUAUGUGGUUUUAGGAUUUUAUUGGAUUGCCCAUUAGACCUUUCUGCUCUUACAAUCUUCUCACCUAUUCCUUCUGCUUCAAAAGCUAGUUCCAUAGAUAAAGAAAAUCCCAAAUGCUUAAACUGUAGUGGUCCGUCAGAUCGUGAAGAAUCCUUGGUUCGGAAGAGACAAAAAGUUGAAAGGCCCCUUGAUGCCGAUGACUUAAUAUAUGCAGAGCCCUGGUACAAAACUGUCAGGAACAUGCAUCUAUGGAACACCUCUUUUAUUGAUGUGGUAUUGAUAUCAAGUCCGAUGGGUAUGCUAGGGUUACCAUUUCUUACUCGAACAAAUGGUUUCUCUGCUAAGAUAUACGUGACUGAAGCCACAGCGAGACUCGGACAGCUUAUGAUGGACGAUCUUGUUUCAAUGCACAUGGAAAUCAGGCAGCUUUUGGGACCUGAAGAGUCGUCUUUUCCUUCGUGGAUGAAGUGGGAAGAGCUUAAGCUUCUACCAUCUUCCUUGAGAGAUGUAGCUUUAGGCAAGGACGGAGGAGAGCUGGGUAGUUGGAUGCCCUUAUACAGUGCAGCAGAUGUGAAGGGUUGCGUGCAGAAGGCUCAGAGACUUAAAUAUGCAGAAGAGACCUGCUACAACAGUACAUUGAUUAUAAAGGCAUUCAGUUCGGGUUUGGAAAUAGGCACUUGUAAUUGGACAAUAAAUGGUCCAAAAGGAGGAAUUGCAUUCAUAUCUAGUUCCAUCUUUGAUUCUGCUCAUGCAAUGAAUUUUGAUUAUCUUGCUCUUCGAGGGAACGAUACUGUGAUAUAUUCGGAUUUUUCUUCCUUGGAUGGUACAGAAGAUAUUGAAAGUGAUCAUAAUAACUUAGUUCCAACUACACAUGAUUUUUCAUCUCGCAAAAAUGAAGAAAAUGAUGGGCAAGACUGGGCCGAGUCGGUACUUCAUGUUGAUGAUAAUUUGGAGGAAAUGCAGAAACUAACGUUUUUGUCCUCCCAUGUCAUUGAUUCUGUAAAAGCUGGGGGCUCGGUCCUAAUCCCUGUUAGUCGACUUGGAAUUGUUCUGCAGCUGUUAGAACAAAUAUCGGCUUCACUGGAUGUUUCAGGUUUGAAGGUUCCUAUUUAUGUUGUUUCUUCUGUUGGUGAAGAAUUAUUGGCUUUCACCAACAUCAUACCUGAAUGGCUAUGCAAACCGCAGCAAGAAAAGAUGUUUUCUGGUCAGCCAUUGUUUGGACAUGUUGAGCUUAUAAAUGAGGGGAAGCUUCAUGUUUUUCCGGCUAUCCAUUCACCUAAGUUAUUAAUGAAUUGGCAGGAGCCAUGCAUAGUUUUCUCUCCUCACUGGAGUCUGCGGCUUGGUCCUUCUGUUCAUUUCCUGCAGCGCUGGUGUGGGGAUCAGAAUUCUCUACUCAUUCUUGAGAAUGAAUUGGACGUUGAACUGGCUCUCUUGCCUUUCAAGCCAAUGGCAAUGAAGGUUCUUCGGUGCUCAUUUCUUUCUGGGAUAAGGUUGCUGAAAGUUCAACCAUUGCUGAACGUACUGCAACCAAAAGUUCUCCUGUUCCCCAAGGAUUUGAAGCUGAUUAACUCUUCAAAAUCAACUGCAUUCUCGAUCUUCCAGUACUGCCCUGAUGAAACAUUAUGUAUACCAAGCUUGAAGGACAAGACAGAAUUGGAGAUUGCAACUGACUUGGCUUGCCACUUUGAUUGGAGAAAAUUGAAACAGGGAGAUAUUAGUAUAGCAAGGUUGAAGGGAGAGCUUUUUAGAGAGCGUGGCAAACAACGAUUGAUCUCUGGAAAAGUGCAGGAGUCCUUGGAGAUCAGACCACUGGUACACUGGGGUUUACCUGAUUUAGAUAGGCUUUUGACAGUGUUGUCAAGCAGGGGCAUCAAGGGUACUGUCCGAAAAGCAAGUAGUGGUUAUGAAUCAGAAAAUUCUACUGCAAUACUUGUAACUGAUCCUAGCGAAGCACUUAUAGAAGUCAAAGAAACUAGCACAGUAAUUACGGCUACUUCCGAAAAUUUAGCUUCCGUCAUCUUUGAAGCUAUAGGAAGUAUUCUAGAUGGAAUAUAGAUUAGAAAACGUACACAGUUUAGUCUUUUUGUCUUAGAAGGGAUUAUGUGCACAGCAGAGGCGUUGGUAAACGGCAAAGUUCCUCAGGGGCAAUGAUACAAAGAGGGACAGAAAAAUUGCCAAGGGACAAUGCCAUGUCUAAAACCUGAAUUCACAUACAAAACUUAUGCAUCAACCAUAGAGGAACAAAUACCUUUAUCUAAUGAAGUAAUGGGUGUGCUAGACCUGAUGAUAUCCCUUGCACUAUCGUUGUUGAUGGGUAUUGCAGGGGGAGGAAGCCUUGAGAUUUAUUGACGAGAUGUAUCAUCAAAGCAGAAGCCUUUACUCGUAACACUUACAAAGUUACAAUGCAGUCCUGAAGAGUAUGUGCAAGCAAGGAGAACCAGAAACUAAUCCCUCACAUGCUUAAAAGGAAUAUACUCCCACAAGUUGCAACUUACAGUGCUCUUAUGAAUGGUUUUGGAAAUAUGUUAAAUUCAAAGUUGCAACUUCCAUACUGUACUGCCCAAGUACAGUAUAAUGUGUAUAAUGGUGCCUGCAUUA